GAAAGAAAUAGUAAUGAGGCAACCUUGGCACAACAGCAAUGGCGCCGUCCAUGUAUUCGAAGAAGGUUAUGUAGCCGGCUUGUCUCCACGGUCGCGGACGUCACCGUGCGACCAGUACAUCAAAAUUAUGCACUGUCAGCUUCUAGUCAACGUAGAAAUUGAUUUCUAGUCGAUCAUGGAAGAAUCGAGCAGCCAAACCGAAUCGCCGGGAUCUGUCGAGUUGUCCCUCGCGUCGAGUGGCGACAAGUUCCUCGUUACUCGAGGCUCGGUCGUCGCCGUUGACGGGCUGUCGCUCAGACUGGACGAUGCGCUUCGCUUGGGCGAAAACACUGCCGACUCGGCCGCAUGCUUAGCGACUGGUACCAGCCCCGAUUCAGUCGUCGAGGCACAGGUUUCUGCCGCACUGGACGAGCGACUGUUCUGGAGUAUGAUCGUCGAACUUUCUAGAUCUCAAAAUUAUCGUAGGCUGUGCCUUAACAAAUUUCGGAGAGAAUGUCGUAAGUGCCGGGGGACGAAACGUUUGACAAGUUACCCGGUGACUCUGAGUGUUGUUGUGCAACUUGUACCGUGGAAGCCUGUGAUAGACAUGUCUUGGGAAGCCAAGAUCAUCCACCUAGUGGUGGAACAGGUUGAACUGGAAAACACUAUGGCUUGGUUGUCAACCCUUGGUGGAGCUUUCUCCGCGCUUGGCGAUUACUGCUCCCAAUUCGCUGAGGCAGCGGCACUGGUCUCGGUGAAGCAGCUGAAGCUGGCUCUGCGUAUCGGUGACCCGGUGACCAUGUGCCGGUGUCACAUCUACUUGGCCAUGAGUUUGCUGCAGAGGGGCUACUUCCGCUCCUGCCGCAGGCUAAUCAGGCCAGGAGCAUCUGGUGCUGCUAACAAGUCGAACAUUCCGGAAUGGCGUAUUGUUGAGCUCCAGGGAGACUUGAUGACAAAUGACGAAGGGAGUCCUGGCGAAUACAUUGGUGACCUUCAUUACACCAAAGCAGGCGUUCCGAUACUGCUUGUUGGCCACCACAUCUUGUACGGCAAAGAGCAGGAUGUGGAGAAACCCUUUCUCGUGAUUGAAAAGUCUGCCGGAGAAGUGGAACCAAAGAACACCACAAAGGAGUACCUUGUCCGUGGUGUUGUCACAAAGAAGGUCAUCUUUCGGUCUCGCCCCAAGCCCAUUGUCAGCAAUGUACCAACAAAGGUGUGAAGACAAACCGGCAAGCUGUCAAUGCGGCGACAUAAUUUUGAUACGGCGACAUAAUUUUGAUUCGACGCUGUGACUGCAGAUUGCCCCUGCGACAUUUUAGGUCUGCAUGCUGAAUAACUCUGAAAGGGCAGGCUUGGGCACUUAAUCAGUCUAAAGAGAUUGUGAAAAGAUAAAUUUUACUGAUAUGGAUGGCGCUCGUUUUACGCUUUCAUAGACAAAUUCUUGAAGGAAUUGGUCGAGGUGUGUGUACCUCUCAUUUUAAGCCUAUAGGUUAUGGCAUUGUAGCGCCUUUUAAAUUUUUGGUCUCCAAAGGUGGCGUUUUGUUUUCUUUUUUGUGUGGGGGGGGAGGUUUCUGUCAUGUGAACCACACUACUGCAUCUGCAAGUGCUUGUUUUGCAAAUUUUACAGACUAUAAAACAUAUUG